AUGGACCCUAUUACUCAAGCCGUGCUGCCAGAUGCCGCAUCCGCACUCAUAGAGGUGAUCAAUCUCAACCAGCCGACAUCGCGGAGCCUCUAUCGGAAAUUGAAACUUUCCUUGGCUCCAUUUCUUGCUGAAAUCAAGUCGCCAGGCGUUGUUCAAGCGCUACUUCACAAAAAGCUUUUCCAAGUCGCCCUACAACGGGUCGCGUCUUCUUUGAACGAGCUUCUUUCCGCUGAAUACGUCAAAACACAGUAUCUGGGUAUAUUGGAAAAAGAUGCAUCUAAACGCAGCAGCGGGUUCUCGUUCCUUCGAGGAGUCUGGAGUCCCGGUGAUGAAGAGCCACCCCCCGGCAAGAUAAUCAAAAGUUUGCUCCUGUGCGCACACCCAAUCCUUCACAUUUUUCAUCAUCUGAUUCAGCGCUGCGACACAAGAGAGAUUGACCUAAAGCAACUGCUGGGUAGAGAAACGAGCCAGAUCAAGAAUUUGAUCGCCCGCGUCAAACACUGGAACUCCAUAGUGGACGAAAUGUACGAUGAUUCAGAUUCAGAGGCCUCCGCAACCGAAGCACCAGAUCCGCCAAGCCUUGAACUCAUUUUCAGCAAAGAGGAUAGUGUUCCCUACUCAUCGCGUUCGCUUUAUGAAAUUCUUCAUCAAAACUGGCCCUGUGGGUCUGACGCACAUAAUCACAAUGGAAGACUGGGUCUUUGUUUCGAGGCAAAGUUUUGCUUGGACCCUCGAUGGGCAUCUACGAGCCACAUCAAUGACAACUUUCUUAUGCUCUUAAAUGGACCCGAUAUAAGGCAAGAAUGCAGAGUAUGCAUCAGUACUUCUGGGUAA